AUGUCCCCGCUCAUCCAGAGUUCCGCCGCCCUCCCCCAAACCAACACUCCCGUCCCCUCAUCAUCAACUGGCGCGCGCCGGUCUUCCCUCCGCCGCGCCAUUCAAGUUGUCAUUCCCUCCGUUCAGGCAAUGGCACGUGCCGCGACACCCGUCACUCCCGGCCAUGGACAUUCCCUCAUCGUCGCUCCCUCGCCCGCCGCGCGUCUGAGCACCCUCGACACGCCGACGCACGGCCACGGCGACUUUGUCGUCCCCUCCUCGCACGACUCCCCAUUGACGCCGACGCUCCCCCGCAUGUCUGCUCGCGCAACGCGGAGGAGCGGAUUGUUCUCCGCCUCGAGCGCGACCGACGCGGAUGUGCAGAUGCACUCUCUCGUCGAGACAGCGCACGCAGGGUUGAUGACGCCGCCGAUGGAGGACGAGGAGCUUUCGCACACUGAGGACGAAGACGAGCACUCCACGAGUGCGGAGAGCUCCGUGGCGGGGUCUGCUGUUGACGACUCCGACGAAGACGCUCCUUGAUUCUGAACCGCUUGAGCCGCGGUGGCGGCUGCAGUGCGACUCCGACUGGCAGCAUUUUUCGAUGGGCAUCAGCAGAUGGUUCCCUCACUUAUUCUAUCAUUAUUUCCCAUUCUUCACUGCACAUACUAUUCUCCUCGCCUGUAUCGUAUUUACGUUAUUGCUCGUCCUAUUUCUUCUAUAUCGUAUGGGUCCGCAUAUUAUGAUGCUAGGGCACUAUGUAUAAUCUCGCCCUGUACCUUUACAACGUAUCGAAAUCAC